AUGUCGUCCUUUUCACAUCUAACCGAGGGAGAUCCGCAAUGGAGUGCGGCCUCCGGACGGCCUUUCCAGCAAUUUGAUCCAUCUCCUGCUGGCGAGGUGACAUCCAUAGUGCCAUCUCACAACGUGGGGACCCCGGCCUCAACGGCGCGUGACUGGAGUGAUACGUCAGCAAAGAGGUCAUUCGCUAACAUAGUACAUCCGGAGAAUAUUGAAGGAUCCCGAAGUAACCAGAAACCGGGGGUUGAAUCGCCCUUAGAGUCACAGGGGGUCGAUAGCGAAAAUGAAGAUGAUCCCGAAGAGAAGCAUCGCGAGUCCAAACGACCACGAAUGGCAAUUUCGUGCUCUGAAUGUCGACGAAGAAAAAUUAAGUGCGAUCGCAACGUUCCCUGCAUGGCGUGUGUGAAAAGAGGUGUGCCUGGCUCGUGUAAGUGGGAAAAUGCCAAAGUCGAGCCAUCCCCGCAGCCUUUUGCUCUAAAGACUCAAGUGGAUGAGCUUCAAAAGCGUCUGGAUUCUCUCCAAGAAACACUUCAAUUCUUGCCAUCGGAGAUUGUAAAGGCUGUGACUGUGGCGCAGCAACAGUCAAGUGUGACUUCGUCUCAAGUCAAGCGCAGUGUUGAUCAACCGGAUGUUGCAAAUACUUCAUCUGGAGAAACACACCUCCCUACAAAGGAAUCUGAAAAUAACAAGAAACUUCCUGUGACUUCUCGACCAUCACUCAAUACCUCCAAUCUCACAUCUUCUGCGGCUCCUACCAAUGGCCGGUCAAAAGAACUGACCGACUUCUAUGACGACGCGGCGGAAAAUGCAGCAGUGGUCUUAGAAAGUAUCGCAUUCAAUCCACAAGCAGCGGAAGGUGGUGGUAGUAAUGACUCUAUGAUCUCUCACGAAUAUUGGCGAGGCAAUAUGCUCACUCCUGUCUCGGGCGCAGCUCUCGCUGGCAAUGCAAAAAAUGAUCCACGUCGGUCAUAUAGCCAGCGACAGCAACAAAACCAAGAAUACACGACUGCUUUGACCAGUAUAAUGGCUCCUUCUCUGGAUGUCGCCCUCGACCGAUUCAACCCCGUGCUGAUGCAGCAACGAGGCCCUGAACCGGAUACCCCACAACAGCUUCUCAAAAAUAGAUUUGAUGCUAUGAGUAGCAUUCUCGAAAAUCUGCCAACUGCCCGUCAGAGUUAUUACUUGAUUGAGCAAUAUAAAAAUAUCAUCCACUGGCGAUCCCGCGUUCUACACUGGCCUUCAUUUCAAGCAGAGCUAAAUUACUUCUGGGAGAUGAUGUCUCAGCAACGCCAGAACGAACUUGACCCGUUGUGGAUCGCUGUCUUCUAUAUGGUGAUGGCUCUGGCAUUGGACAAUCGCUCAACUGCGCCAACAGGACCAAACCAUCCUUUUCAUGGCUAUACUCAUCAGCGGCUCAAUGAGCUUACUAGCAAAUUACACGCAGUGAGCAUGAAGGCACUCUAUCUUGGGGAUGCUAUGUCUACUCCCCGAGUGAGAACGAUACAGGCUGUAAUUUUAUUCAACCAAUUUUUUCAAUCGUCAAGUGCCUGGCGAAAAGCUGAUAUGAUGCUCCACUGGAACGCGUUGGCCAUCCGGACAGCUCAGUUGAUGGGGUUACACCGACUGGGCAACAAUCCAGAAACAAUGCCUCCAGACGACCCGGCUUGGCCUCCUGGAAAGAACGCCGUCAAGCGUUACAUGGCGCUGCGAGUUUGGAUGAUGCUACAGUGGGCAGAUUGGAUGUCCGCAUCCGCCCGAUUUCGUUGUUAUACAAUUCAACCAGAUCAAUGCACGUCACAAGUUGUUGAUAAUGUCAAUGAUUGGGAACUGUCACCUACAGAAUGGCGCUAUACACCACAGCCUCCGCAUGUUGUGACAUCGAGCUCCUUUGAGGUUUACAAGUGGAAUAUUGCUAACAUGCUUCGGCAAACUUUUGAUAAGCUGAUCACUUACGCUGAUCGCUUUUCAUAUUCUACUGUUUUGGAACUUGAUGCUGGAUAUCGAAAGAUCUUAGAGAACCUACCUGAGGCGUUCCAACGAGAAAGUCCGGCAGUGGAUAGAAGCGAUCCAAAGGUUCGACGACAGCGAAAUAUUGCACUAGAGGGCAUACAUUCUCGCAUUGUCCGCUUGAACAGACCUUUUCUCUCCCGAGCUUACUCGAAAGGCUCCAAGUUCGCAUAUUCUCGAGAAAAUUGCCUUCAUUCAGCACGGAUCGUAAUAGACUGCCACUACAAUUUGCGAGACCUGACAACAAGUGGCUCAUUAUGGUUUGUAUACUCGCACACUUUGAGCGCAGCGAUGGUACUAUUCCUGGACUUGUUUUGGUCCAUAGAUCACAACUUGCCCCCUGCCGAAGUUGACGAGAAGACGCGCACCAUCUUCAUGGUUGGUGAAAUAUUCUCUAUGUAUAGCGAAAUUAGCAACACGCCUCUCCGCCGGAUCGUUGAGUCUGCAUUCCGCAUCAUCAGCGAACUCAUCUCCGAGAGUCAAUCGCGACGUUCUGCGAUGGAAGCCCGCAACUUCAACAUGUCUAGUCCACAGCAGCCAUUCAUGAAGCCUCCUCCCUUCUCUGAGGUUUUGCGGCGCAUCUCCCGCAACAUGACUCUAAGCAAUAAUAGCUCUAGGCUGGCAGACUCCGGUUCUACCGCCAUGAUGGCCUCUCAGCUGCCGUCUUCUUCCUAUCAGCAGAGUCCUUACGCUGGUGGUGCAUCAGCGAAAACAUACGAACAACCACCCUUACAGGACUUCCUCAGCUCUGGUUUCUAUAAUGCAUUGGGCGUUCAGGAUGAGUCGGAUCCGACAUUUUCGAAUCUUUGGAAUCUUAACACAUCUCCUGAGAGUCAAUCCGAUUUGUCAUUCCUCAAUGCGUACCCAGGCGCUGGACCCGACGUCGGAGAUCGAUAUGGUCUAUGGCACUUCUUUGUUGGACAGGAUGUCCUUUGA